CGUUAUGAGUGCGACGUGUGUGGCAAGGCCUGGCAGAAACCGAGCAAGCUGGAGGCCCACCGGCGGGUGCACACGGGAGAACGGCCCUUCGACUGCUCAGAGUGCGGCAAGAGCUUCACCCGUUACGCCAGCCUACUGCGGCACAACCGCGUGCACUCCGGCGAGAAGCCCUUCACCUGCUCCGACUGCGACAAGAGCUUCAAGACGACGCAAGAGCUGAAGAUCCACCAGCGGGUUCACACGGGCGAGAAGCCCUAUGGCUGCUCCACUUGCGGCAAGAGCUUUGCCCAGUUGUCGGGGCUGUUGCGGCACGGGCUGGUGCACAGCAGUGAGCGGCCCUUCACCUGCUCCGACUGCGGCAAAGCCUUCAAGUCGUCGCAGGAAAUGAAGGUGCACAUGCGCCUGCACACCGGUGAGCGGCCCUUCACCUGCUCCGACUGCGGCAAAGGCCUCAAGUCAUCCAAAGAACUGAAGGUGCACAGACGCCAGCACAUGGGGGAGCGGCCCUACAUCUGCAGCGACUGCGGCAAAGGCUUCAAGUCGUCGCCCGAACUGAAGAUGCACAUGCGCCUGCACACUGGGGAGCGGCCCUUCACCUGCAGUGACUGCGGCAAGGGCUUCAUCCGCUCCGACAGCCUGCUAGAGCACCAGCACACCCAUACCGGCGAGCGCCCCUACACCUGCAGCGACUGCGGCAAGGGCUUCACCCGAGCCAACGGCCUGCUGGUUCACCAGCGUACCCACUCUGACGAGCGCCCCUACACAUGCGCCCAGUGUGGCAAGGGCUUCACCUGCUCCAACCGCCUGCUGCAGCACCAGCACACCCACACCGGCGAGCGCCCCUACACCUGCACCCAGUGUGGCAAGGGCUUCACCUGUUCCAACUACCUGCUGCAGCACCAGCGCACCCACACCGGCCAGCACCCCUACACCUGCGCCCAGUGUGGCAAGGGCUUCACCAAGUCCACCAGGCUGCUGUCUCACCAGCGCACCCACACCGGAGAGCGUCCCUUCACCUGCGCCCAGUGCGGCAAGGGCUUCACCCACUCCAACUACCUGCUGGAGCACCAACGCAUCCACACCGGCGAGCGUCCCUACACCUGUACCCAGUGCGGCAAGGGCUUCACCCGCUCCAGCAGCCUGCUGGAGCACCAACGCAUCCACACCGGCGAGCGCCCCUAUACCUGCACCCAGUGUGGCAAGGGCUUCAUCCGCUCCAGCAGGCUGCUGUCCCACCAGCGCACCCACACCGGAGAGCAUCCCUUCACCUGCACCCAGUGCAGCAAGGGUUUCACCAGCUCCACCAAGCUGCUGGAGCAUCAGUCGGUGCACUCCGGCGAGAGGCCCUUCAGCUGCUCGGAAUGCGGCAAGGGCUUCAAGACGACGCAAGAGCUGAAGGUCCACUGGCGGGUGCACACAGGCGAGAAGCCCUAUGGCUGCUCCACCUGUGGCAAGAGCUUUGCCCGGUUGUCGGGGCUGUGGGUGCACCGGCGGGUGCACAGCAGUGAGCGGCCCUUCACCUGCUCCGACUGCGGCAAAGGCUUCAAGUCGUCGCUGGCACUGAAGGUGCACAUGCGCCUGCACACCGGGGAGCGUCCCUACACCUGCAGCGACUGUGGCAAGGGCUUCGCCCGCCUCAACAGCCUGCUGGUUCACCGGCGCACCCACACCAGCGAGCGCCCCUACACCUGCGCCCAGUGCGGCAAGGGCUUCACCCAGUCCAGCAACCUGGUGGUGCACCAGCGCACCCACACCGGCGAGCGCCCCUACACCUGCGCCCAGUGUGGCAAGGGCUUUACCCGCUCCAACAGCCUGUUGUCCCAUCAGCGGAUCCACCGGCGAGUGCACACGGGAGAACGCCCCUUCGACUGCUCCGACUGCGGAAAAUGCUUCAAGUCAUCGUCGGUCCUGAAGGAGCACAGGCACCUGCACACCGGGGAACGACCCUACAUCUGCAACGACUGUGGCAAGGGCUUCACCCGCUCCAGCUACCUGCUGAUGCACCAGCGCACCCACACCGGCGAGCGUCCCUACACCUGCGCCCAGUGCGGCAAGGGCUUCACCCAGUCCAGCAGCCUGCUGGAGCACCAGCGCAACCACACAGGCGAGCGCCCCUUCACCUGCGCCCAGUGCGGCAAGGGCUUCAUCCGCUCUUCCACGCUGCUGUCCCACCAGCGCAACCACACCGGCGAGCGCCCCUUCACCUGCGCUCAGUGCGGCAAGGGCUUCAUCCGCUCCUCCACGCUGCUGUCCCACCAGCGCACCCACACUGUGGAGCAGCCCUACACCUGUGCCCAGUGCGGCAAGGGCUUCACCGAGUCCAGCAGCCUGCUGGUGCACCAGCGCACCCACACGGGCGAGCGCCCCUUCACCUGCAUCCAGUGCGGCAAGGGCUUCAUCAAGUCCAACUACCUGCUGUCGCACCAACGCAUCCACACCGGCGAGCGCCCCCACACCUGCACACAGUGCGGCAAAGGCUUCACCCGCUCCAGCACCCUGCUGUCCCACCAGCGCACCCACACCGGCGAGCGUCCCUACACCUGCGCCCAGUGUGGCAAGAGCUUCACCCAGUCCAGUCACCUGAAGGAGCACCAGCGCACCCACACCGGCGAGCGCCCCUACACCUGCACCCAGUGCGGCCAGGUCUUCAUGUACUCCAGCACCCUGCUGUCCCACCAGCGCACCCACACCGGCGAGCGUCCCUACACCUGCGCCAAGUGUGGCAAGGGCUUCAUGUACUCCAGCAAGCUACUGUCCCACCAGCGCACCCACACCGGCGAGCGUCCCUAUACCUGCGCCCAGUGCGGCAAGGGCUUCACCCAGUCCAAUCACCUGAAGGAGCACCAGCACACCCACUCCGGCGAGCGUCCCUACACCUGCGUCCAGUGCGGCAAGGGCUUCACCAGCUCCACCAAGCUGCUGUCCCACCAGCGGGUGCACACCAGCGACCAUCCCGUCCCCAGCCCGGUGCGUGGAGAGCACUUUGCCAUGGCAUCCCAUGCUCUGUCUCACCAGCGCAUGCACACCAGUGGCCAGCCCUAUGACUGCCCGUAUUGCAGUGAGGAGUUUGACAGCUCGCGGGGGUUGCGACAGCACCAGCGGACCCACGCCGGCGAGCAGCUGCUCCCACUGUAACAAGACAGCAUUGGGGCUGUGGGAGCACCAGCGGAUACACACCGGAGAGAGACCAUUUGUGUGCGCUCGGUGUGGCAAGGGUUUCACCCGCCUUGACCACCUGCUG